AUGGAGCUUCUGCUUUUGUUCUUUACAGUCAUCUCAGCGUCUCAGGCAACGCCUCAAGGGUACAAUCUCCCAACGCCAUCAGGACCUGGAAUAGUUCUUGGUGGAUCCUCUUCCGGAUUUAUAAGUGGAAGUAGAAGAGCUUUUGCUUCUGGACACGGAAAUGAUGGUAGAGCAUCUGUAGCAGGAGGAUGUAAACAAGGAGAAGUUCUUCACGUGGAUGGUACAUGUGUCGUUCCAAUCAUAACAAGGAACAUAUUCCUUUACGAUGCUCCCAAGCUAACACAACAAGCUGAUGGUACAUUUUCAAGCUUCCCUCCACCAAAAGUAGACCAUAAUAUUAUCUUUGUGCGCCUUCCUAAAGGAGACGUAGGUACCGAGCCCGUCAUUGUUCCUCCUCCUAGGCAGGAGAACAUCAUUUAUGUCCUCAGUCAAAGCGGUGGAGGUGUAGGCCGGCGAGUGAUCGAGGUGACAGCUCCUCCUCCUUCUAACCCAGAGGUUUACUUCGUUACCUAUGGAGAAGGCGAAAAUCCAACUCUUCCUAUUGGUGUUGAUCUAGAGACUGCACUUAGCGCUGCCACUGAAGCUGGCGGUCUGGCCUUCGGAGGAGCCAGUGGAAUUGGCGAUGGAUUUGACGGAUUUGAUUCUGGCUUUCAGGCUGGCGUAGUUGGUUCUGAUGAUCAGUUCAGUCAUCCAAGAGAUAACCCCCUUUCUACGCCUUCUAGUCUAUAUUCCUGA